GAUCGAAGUCACCUGGUGGCUCUUCAUGCUGUCCUAUCUCACAUCGGUGCCGGAGAGGAGGUACUGAUAGCCAACACGACAAGUCCCUGGUGGGGAGUGCACUUGGAGAGUCUCCUUGCCAAUAAAUUUCCAACUGUGCAACCGGUGCCGCAAAUACGCGUCAGCAGACAGCCCAAAGAGGACGAGGAUCCAAAAUUUCUCACGAAAGCUGGCUCAAAAUCUACCAAAAUGCUGACAGACGAUUUUCUUACCAUUGGGCCACCCACUGAUCCCUACAAAAAUGUGCGUCAUGUGAUACUGGAGGCCUCUGAUACACGGUCCGGUGUAUGCAGCCCCGUUGACUACAUCGAAUGUGAAAACGAUGAAAUGGCUGUGUUGAAAGACAUGUGGACUCCACCAGGCACACCAGCAAAGGAAACGAAGAAACUCGAACUCAUCCAAAAGACCACCGCUUUACUGAAACAUGCCCUGAAAUUCUUCCGAAUGAAUGAGGAGGUUCAUCCAUUUUAG